CCAGAGAGGUAUGCGUGGUGCCUUUGGAAAGCCCCAGGGCACAGUGGCCAGGGUCCACAUUGGCCAGGUCAUAAUAUCCAUCUGCACCAAGCUGCAGAACAAGGAGCAUGUGAUUGAGGCCCUCCGCAGGGCCAAGUUCAAGUUCCCUGGCCGCCAGAAGAUCCACAUCUCCAAGAAGUGGGGAUUUACUAAGUUUAACGCAGAUGAAUUUGAAAACAUGGUGGCAGAAAAGCGGCUCAUCCCAGAUGGCUGUGGGGUCAAGUACAUCCCUAAUCGUGGCCCCCUGGACAAAUGGCGGGCCCUGCACUCGUGAGAGCCUUGGCGCUGCCCCCUCCCUACCCAUGCCCACCAAUAAACCCUACAUUCUUGUCCCUGUA